AGCUGCAAGAAGAAAGAAGCUGAACCAGAGACUUGCUCCUCACUUUGCGCAACUUUAAAACCAUCCUCGAAGUUGGCACCUAACAAGAUGGAGCAUCUGGAAAACUCCACCGCGUCCCUGAAACACAUCGUCCCGCAGACGCAGAGCAGCGCCAUCACCCAGGCGGACAAGAGCGGCGGGAACGCGUACCUGUACAUCCUCAUCGUCAUGUGUUUUUACGGGGUCUUCCUCUGCGGCAUCAUGCUCGGGUACUUCCGCUCCAAGCGGCGCGAGAAGAGGAGGAUCAACAUCUUCACGCGCCUCGUGCACGAGGAGGAGCAGCGGGAGUGGGGCGCGCUCCCGAAGAAGAACAGCCUCAGCUUCCCCGUGCCCGCCUCGUCGGCACUGCGCUCCGUCAACGUGGCCCUGCCCUUCUGCGGUAACCACGGCAACCACUUCGGACACCUGCACUGCGAGGACGCGCUGCCCUCUCCGCUGGCGUGCGCCCUGUUCACGGAGCAGAGUAGCGUCAGCUCCCUGUGCUCCUCCGCGGACACGCGCUUCGCCAUAGAGGAGGAGUCGGACAGCGGCACAGCGGAGGAACGAGAAGAGAAAACCAAGGGAGGCUCGGACACAAGAGGGGACGACUCAGGCUGAGCUCCCUGAGAGACGGUGCGAGGUCCAUCCAAACAAGAGGAGAAACAUGAGCUGGAGAGAACAUCAGGAGACUGUGAAAAGUCUCUCCCCAAAACAACCCAACCAGAAAUCAUCUAUUCUGCAAUAAAAACUCUGAUCAAUAACAUCAUGAUCUGAUCUCAGGCCUGGAUAAAGUCAAACAAGUGUGGCCAGUGAAAAGUGUUUUAAAUCUUAAGCCCAGGCCCCAUGGUCACAGUGAAACCUUUUCUAUCUUACUUCUACUGUCCUCAAUUUAAACAACAGUAGGAUAAAAACAACAACUACUACACUGGUCUUUUGUAUAUGCUUUAUGUUGGGAUAACGUAUAACUCAUAUCUCACUCAAUACAUAGUGAAAGUAAUAAUUCACUUCAGUCGCUACUUUACUUAUCCCUGCAUGGGCAGUCGUGUGCAGCAGCUCAGGUUAUCGCACAUGUUAAAUAGGUGAGGAGAGAAAAAUCUAAAUGCUUCAUUACAAAGUCAAAACAGUCAAAUGACGUGUUCAUCAUUACAGAUCUACAAUGAUAAGAGCGCUAAAUGUGAAUCUUACAGAAAAAUUGACCAGACGAAUAAAUUAUCUUUUAGAAUCAACCUUAACUAUAUACGGUAAGAUCAGACAUGUUAUUACUGCACAAUAAGACUAUGCCUCAUUUUGGUGGGGACCCCUCCCUGCUGGAGCCCCUCCACCCCCCUGACGCCACACUGAGGAGAAGCACCUCACUGGUUUGGUCGAUGACUCACCCUGCAGGGGACUGAGUGGGAGAAUGUUGCCUUUUUUGUUUUUUUGGGCUGUUUGGGCUGAACUUGACUCGCUCUUGCCGACGUGGUCUCGAGUAUCGAAAUGUACCUGGAACCCACUUGAAAGAUUGAACUGAAGUGUUUGUUUGUUGUGGCUUCAUAACUAAAAAGGAGUUCAUACACAGUCGAUGAUGUAGGUUUACUUGACGGAAGAAAUGCACUGUACAUAUGGUUUGUAUUUGUCACUCUGUAUGGUUUAACUUAAGAUGGAAUUUUUGUAGUGUUUUCAGAUAUAUAAAAAA